AUGAUUACUGGAAAAAUUAUUUUAAAAUCAGCUACAAAAUUAACACUUGAUCAAAGAUUUAGCGAAAUUGCUAAACAACCUGUACCAAUACCGCGUAUUCAACAACAAACUAAUGUAACAAUUCCUAAAUUUCGACAAGAAUUAUUUGGAAAUAAACCAUCAGCAACAUUAAGCGCUGCGAAUCGUCUUAAAAAGCGAAGCAUUAAUUAUCGACUUGGUUUUGGUAAUAAUGCUGCUAUUAUUAAUCGUCAAUAUACAAAUCCACGAACAGCACCUGUUUUUCAACGUAUUAGUCUUGGAAAUCGAAGACGUGGCGGUAGUGGUGGUAAUUCGUUCUUAUAUGGUGGACAAAGUGGUAUGGGUUUACGACUUCGAGGACAAGGUCGAGUUGGAACACGUAUAUUUCGUUCUCGAACACGCGGUUAUUUAAAUAAUAAUACAAUUAGUCGAUUUAGUGGUUUUAACAGACGUGGAAAUAAUAAUAAAAAUAAUAGAGGUCGACGUUUUGGAAAUAGACCAAAUCGAGGACGUCCUAAUGCAAAUAGAAAUUUUAUGCGAGGACGUGGAAAUGGUCGAAAUCAAAAUCGAAAUAAAAAUAAUAAUAAAAACAAUAUAAAUUUGACAAAAGAAAAUCUUGAUAAUGAUCUUGAAAAAUAUAUGGCAAAAACAAACAUUGAUAAUAAUUCAAUUGAGAUGAACACUAUUUAA